GUCCUUCAAGUGGCUCAGACAGGCAGUUCAGCGGUGAUAGCAGAACGCCGUCCGUGUUGUGAGCCCCCCCCCGACAACAGAUCACAGCUGUAGGACAUGGGCGAUUUAAUAUCCCGCAUUAUCGAAAGGCUGAGGGUACAGGGAGGGGUGGUGGGGUGCGGCAGGCAGGCUAAACAUGGCAGGUGCCCCCAUGCUGCUGGUGACUGUCUAGGCUAAGCCAUGUGUCACAGUGCCGUCCUUAAAGGUUUAUUCACAACAAAUACAUCCUAGGCUCAUCAUUUGACCAAAACAUGGAUGCCCUUUCAUAUGGCUGCAAGAUCAUUUUGAUUUGUAUAUCUGGAAAUGUCUUUUGAGUGUGUUGAAAUGGCACGGUGUACCCUUAAGAGUUCACAGCUGCUACGCGGUCACCACUAGUGGGGAUGAAAUAGAGAGGUUAACGACCCGUGAUGCAUCGAUCAUGCAGCGAUGCCUCCUGAAUAGAAUAUGUACAGUCUGCAGCCAUGGUAACAUAAACAACAUAUUAGCAUCAUGGUGGUGGGUGUUAGCGAUGACGAGGGUUCAGGAAAACAGAGAAUGUGAGUAAUGUCACUGAUCACCAGCCACACGACACUACACAGGGACAAAUAAAGAAGAGGCCUUGUGUUGCUUCAAGAGCAAGACAUCUCCAGGGAGGGAAGCAUUGAAUGCACUAUACAGAGAGGUCAUUUUUCGUUUAACAUUACCAACCUUUAUGAACACACACACACAUAUGCACACAUACGCACGCACGCACGUGUACACACACACAGGCACACAAACACAAAUUCACACGCAGGGAGAAGUUGUGUAAAUGCAGACAGGUCAGAGAGAGAGGAGUGUGGAGAGACAUAAGUAAUCUGUUCCUGGGCCAAACUGGCCCUUCAAUACACACAUCUCUUAGUUACCUCAGUAGAAUGAAACAUAAAACAGUUUUUGUAAUGUAUACUGUCCUUUACCUCUCAGAUUUUCUGUAGAAAUAUGUGUCGUAAAUGUUAUUUUCAGUAAUUAGCUAUUAUCUUUAGCAACCUCACCAAAAGGAAGCUGCUGCUCUGGGUUGGGUGUUUCAUAGAGGAGAACAGGAUGAGAGGUUUUUGUAGUGGAGUUCAGAGAGAGGCCUGUUUUGAAGUUUGACCAACUUUGCCUUAUUCUCCUAAUCAGAGUCUCGUCUUAGUGAAGCGUUGGCAUGUAGGCAAACACUUCUGUCUGGCCCGCAAAAUGGUUAAACUCGCUCUCUCUUCCCCCUUCUCCCCCUCUUUCCCUCUCCCUCCCUUCCUCUCUCACUUUUUCUCUGAUUCUAAGAAGAGUAGCCCCCACUGUUUCAGAUGAAGUGCGAUAAAUACACGUUCCCUGACGUCCCGAAGGCUCCCCACCCUCCCUCCUGAGAGCACACCCUCCUAACGCACUUCCUCUGCCACAAUUAGUCCAUAAUAAAUACACUUUACUCUUAAUGCCGAUAAUGUGCCCUGCUCUCUGAAUCUCCCUCUCUUCCUCUCUUGUCUUUUUUCCCCCCCCACUUUCUUAUUAAGCCACAUUAAGACGUGACUUUGGGUCACACGAGAGGGAGAGAGAAAAUGAUGAAUUAUUCUCAGAGCUACUCACAGCUGCAAACAAUAGCGGCAAAGAAAAUACAGAUAUUGUAACGCAUGCAAAGAAUCGAGAGCAUUUGCAGUCAAGUCUCACUUCCUGAUGGCUUUGAUAAGAUGAGUUGCUUUCUUAAACAGGAUGUGUGCUGCUUUUAAAAAACUGCUCUAUGGACAUGCCGAGUACAGUUGCGUAACGGCCUGCCUUGACAGAGUGCCUGCGAGACUUGAACGAUUCCUUCACAUGAAGUCUCUCCAGAUUAGCUUGAGAUAGUUCAUCAAAGUGAUGGAAUAAAGGAGAUUUAGCAUUGUCAUAUUAAAAAGAAAUGCAGUGGUUGAAUAUUUAAAAAGCCCAUUUGCCUUGACAGAAGUGCUUUUUCACUCAAGAGCAAUAUGGCUCCCCUACCUGUUUACUGGUCUCUCCUCAUCUUCUCACAAGAGGAAAAAAAAAGAGGAGAGAAAAAUAGUUAUUUUCAAAGAUAUUGAAGAAUUGUUCAAUUAACAGCUGCGUGAUGUAAAAUAAUUACUUGACUUGCUUUCCAUAAUGAGUAUCUCUAAUUAGCCAUACAUUUGUUUUGGUGAAAACUCCAAGCUAUAGUUGUGAGGAGAUGGUAAGUACGUUGAAGUAGCACCCAACCCCCCCCUCUCCUCCCUUCCCUUUACAAAGGCUGCAUGACUUGGCUUCGAGGCACAAUUCGCAUCCCCAUGUAUGCAUACAAGCGACGGUAAAUAGUCAGGAGUGUAAAGGGAUCUUUAUUUUUUUUAAUUAGCUAUGCAACAAUUAAAGGAUUCACAAACUAAAUCGAACCUUGUCUCCGUCGCCUCCCGGUUUGAUUUCAGCACCUGUCACAACAACAGCCCCUGUUCAGCCAUUAUGCAAAACUUCCUAAGAACAGAACCAGCACGAGGAGGAGAAAACAGCAAUUAUUUCUGAUAUUCACUUAUUUCAGGUGAUAUUGACAUUUAGAGUUUAGAAGGAAAAAAAGAAAAGAAAAAUGACCUGAAAGGGAAGAAAACGUGGCCUGGUUGACUUUGUCAACUGGUGCUUGGCAGAUAUGGUUUUAUUUUGCCAACAUUAAAGCCGCUCUAAUGCCUGUGAAAGUGUGAUGAUGGGUGACUCACUCAGCACUACCAGGCUCCCUUUCUCAUUUCCCACUGUAGAGUGAAAACAAUCGCUGGGUUGAUUGUACUGGUAGCAUGUGCGCGCUGUUCUCUCUCCCUGUCUGCCUUUAAGAAACAGUGUUGGCCAUGCCUUACCAGCGAUGUGUCAUUGCAUUCAUUUCCCAGUGAGUAGUAUUCAAAUGCAGAAAGGCAGCCCAGGGGAAUGAUGUAAAGCCAUGAUCGACCCUACACGGACAGCUACACUGUGGUCAUUGUUCAGUGGCCUUUCUCUGCUGUAGGGUAACCAUGCGUGAUCAGCGAUUCCACCGUGACUACUGUAGGACAUGCCCCCCCCAUCCCCCAUGACAGAGGGUUAGGAGGGGUAGGAGGGGAGGAAUUGCACAGGACAGAAUACAGACAAUCAUUUAUAUGUUGGAAAUUCUUCAUCAUGAUCUAAAAUCAUUUACUUUUCAUCACUUUUUUUGUGCGCUGGUUUGCCCUCUGUCGCCUAUCUCAUCCAUCUCCCUUCUUAUUGCGAAACACGGUCUGGUUAACAAAUGUUGGAGACAAUUAAUCCCCCACUCAUCACAAUGCGUAAAAUCUACUGGCAGGAGUCUUUCCACACUGCUGUGACCACUAUUGCAAGAUAUGCACAUGAAAAAGGCACACACACAUCUGCUGGUCAUCAGAAUAAUACCAGGAAUGGUUAGCAUAAAAGGAAGCUUUGAGCUUUUGGCCCGGCUCCGGAUGAUGAUGCGGCUGACCAGGACAAUGAACUGUGGGAAUUCGCUUGUCUCCCGUUGAUCUUCCUCCUUGGCAUCCCGAAAGCCUGUCAGACGCAGGGGAUAAAAAGACAAGGCAUUUUUCUUUCUCUCUUUUCUUUCUCUUUUUUUUUUCUUUCAGCGGAGGGGGCCUCAUAGUGAUCUGUGGAGAUGAGCUGAAAGCCGAACUACCUGUUGACAAGUCCUCUUAAGAGACCUCAAUGACAUAUUGUGUGGGACUACAGAGCAGAAAGGAAAAGCCCAGCUAGGGUCGAUUCAUAUUUGUCACCGUUGUAUAGCGUUCAAGUUCUUGCAUAUAGAAUUGUUGUUUUGAUGUGUUGGGUUAUGCAGCUCGAAUCUGGGUGCUUAACUCAUAAGUUAGCGUAGUUGUUGUGUGGGGUCUAGGGUAUGACGUUGGAAGGAACGGACUGGGUUUAUUCGACUUUAUUUCACUUGUUGUGCUGGGAACCGUUCUGUUUUUGCCUCAUUACAGCAUGUAAUGAUCCAGUUCAGUCAAAGAGUAUGGAGAGGAAGAAAAACAACUCCCUUUUUUAUUGGGUUAAUGAGAAGCGUCCCGAAGACCACCUGCAAUAGACUAAACAAGCAUGAGGAAAUAUUCCUAUUAGCUUCAAUUUACUGCCAUGCUUAAAAUGAUCCCAGCUAUCUCUACUUGUGUUGGUAUCUGCUUUCCUUCGAUAUAUAUAUAUUUUUUUUGAAAUACACUUUCCUCAGAGUAUGUAACAUAUGGCAAACACACUCAUUUUCCAUCAGAUAGUUUCCCCCCCUCUAAAUGCGUUGACGAUUUGGUGCGAAUACGAUGGAAUUUCGUUACUUUGUGAAUAAUGAUGGAUUUAUUAAAAGCAAUGGCCUUCAUUAUAACUUAAUGAGGUAUUUUGUUGUAAUUAGUUCAUGGAUUCUUGUCAAUACAAAAUAACAACGUCGUGUCUUACUAAUGGCUUUUCCAUUCAUAAUGUCUCCGUAUAAACCUAGCAUCUGCAGUUUAAACAAUAACAAAGUGGUCAACCUACCUCUGUAGGCUGAGGGAUGGGGCCUGGAGAAGUGUAACCACUUUCAAAAUCAUAGACAGAGCUAUGGAUGCAAGGACUGACCAUCCAUUAUAUCACAGUGAUCGUUUUAAACAUGUUUUGAGGCUAUACAUUGUUUUUUUUGUUUUUUUUUACAUUAUAUUGUUUACUAAACAUUCGAGUAAAAUAAAAUGUAUAAUUUACAAGUUAUAUGAUUAAAUAAUCAAUUGGUAUAUAUCGUUCAUUUAUAAGUCCAAAAAUGGUUGAAGCAAUUAAGGAUUAUAGCUUUAAAACGUCCAAAAGGUUUUAUUUGGCCUGCAUUCAGUUGACCCAGUUGACCCAUCAAUAUCACAUGAAGCAAUACUUACAAACGGUCUUUGAUCAAAUCCGAAACCUUCACAAGAGCAUGUUUAGCCAUACUCUGCUUAUGUGUUUUAGCCUUAGAAUAUGCAAAUGUAUGUGGUAUACAUCAUUUGAGAAUACUCAACCUGACCAAGUGUUUUCUAAUUCCUUCAACUAUUGCAUGCACUUUAUAGGAUCAGAGCACAUGCUCGUUGCUUAGAUAAUGACACGGUACUGAGCCCAAAUAUAUUCAGACAGAAAUACACUUCCAUUGUGUUAAAGAUUACCGUCCGUAAUUAAGCUGUAGGUUGCAGAGCAAUUUGCCCCUUGGGGAAAAAAAAGAAGAAGAGAAAUCUGGUUAUGUGCCGCUUUACUUAAAACGGUGAAUAUUAACCACAAACUGUAAAGAAGAGCACCACUGCACCUCUGUGAGAAAGUGCAAAAGGAAGUCUGGUGGCUUUGCAGGCGUCAUUUGAGCCUUAUCGUUAAUGAAAGAGCAUUGUUGUAGACACCAGACAAACGUCAGAUCUGUUUCGGGUUAGAGCCAGCGUAGACAUUGCUACAGUCUGCUGUUUGGAUGGCUGAGAGGUCAAGGUCAAGCAUACAGGCGCACAGUUACUCGGGAGAUACUUGUAAAUGCUAUCUGUGGCGGUGAGAAGUUACGACUUGUGACCCUGUGAGUUUCUAAUGCGAACCACACAGACUUGUGAAUGGCAAUACCUGUGCACGAGAGAAGGACACAUUGGAUUACUGGUACUUACCCUGUAACAACGGGCACUACUUGCUCUAUGAUGGAGGACUCUAGUUUGUGCCUUGGUGUGUCUUCAGCAGUAUCGGACGCUGACAGAGACCAUCUGAGCAACACAGUGCUAAAUGGCCGAUAUCCCAUCAGUCAGAAGCUCCACCAGCUGACGGCCCAGCUGGGCCACGCCUUUCCCGACCUACAGAGCCGACAGCAGAUCCCUGAGGAGAAAGCUGCCACCCCAUUGGAUGAGAAGAGCCACGCUGCCCUGGCCAGUCAACCAAUCAGCAGUCAGAUGGCACUGCUCGCCAACCAGCUCAACCGGGACAUAGAUGCAAGUGCCCUGGCCAACCUGAAUGGGCGUGUGGACCUGCAGCAGUUUCUCAAUGGGCAGAACCUGGGCAUCAUGUCCCAGAUGAACGACAUUGAAGACGAUGCCCGUAAGAACAGGAAGUACCCGUGUCCGUUGUGCGGCAAGCGAUUCCGCUUUAACAGCAUCUUGUCGCUGCACAUGCGCACACAUACAGGUGAGAAGCCUUUCAAGUGCCCCUACUGCGACCAUCGAGCAGCACAGAAGGGCAACCUCAAAAUCCACCUACGCACCCACAAGCUGGGAAACCUUGGUAAAGGACGCGGCCGCGUCCGUGAGGAGAACCGUCUUCUACAUGAGCUGGAGGAGAGGGCCAUCCUGAGGGACAAGCAGAUCAGGAGCAGCAGCCUCCUUCAGCCAGCCCAGACCCUGCAGCACCAGCCACACCUUGGCCCUCAGACCCAGCAGCAACAGCCUGGCUCUGCUUGUGGCCUCCUCACCCCCACCAGCCUGGGAACUCCAGACUCCCUCUCCCAGCCCUCGUCCUCCCCCAAGCCGGCCAGCGCCCAAGAUGACCAGGCCCUGAACCCACCCACUGGAUUCCGCUGCACCUUCUGCAAGGGCAAGUUUAAGAAGCGUGAGGAGCUGGAUCGUCACAUCCGCAUCCUGCACAAGCCCUACAAGUGCACCUUGUGUGAGUUUGCUGCCUCGCAGGAGGAGGACCUGAUCAGCCAUGUGGAAAAAGCCCAUAUCACGGCCGAGUCAGCUGCGGGACAGGGUGCAGCUGGUGGCGCUGAGAAGCCUGCCAACGAGUUCCGAUGUGAGGUGUGUGGCCAGGUCUUCAGCCAAGCCUGGUUCCUCAAGGGCCACAUGCGCAAGCACAAGGACUCAUUUGAACACGUCUGCCAGAUCUGUGGUCGUCGCUUCAAGGAGCCCUGGUUUCUCAAGAACCACAUGAAGGUCCAUCUCAAUAAGCUGGCCAUCAAGAGCAAGCCCCCAGCAGAGGACAUAAACGCUGUCAACACCAUGAACAGCAUGGCCCAGGAGGCCCAUGCUAACCUCUACUCACGCUACAUCUCUUGCCUGCAGGGCGGCUUCCUAUCCCCAGACAAACAGGGUCUGAGCGAGCAACACCAGAUGCUGGCCAAAGCCGGCAUUGCCAUGAAAGAGAAGGAGAUGCUGGGAAAGCUGCUGGGCCCAAUGGCAGGGAUGGGCCAUGGCCUUGGCGAGGGGGAGAAGCGCUCUCUCCUGGGCUGCCUGAACCUAGUGCCCCCCCUGAAGUCCAGCUGCAUGGAACGCCUCCAGGCGGCUGCCAAAGUUGCAGAGAUGGACCCACUGAAUAGCUAUCAGGCCUGGCAGAUCAUGGCACGAGGCAUGGCCAUGGACCGCGCCUUUAUGCCCAAGGAGCAGCACCAUGAGCAGCACCAUGAGCAGCACCAUGAGGAGAUGACCAAUGCUGCCGGCAUGGCCUUCACUAAAGAGAAGCAUGACUACCCUAUGAUGUGCUCCAACGAUGGCUCCAAGCAGAAGCAGCACAGCGAAGCUCUGCAUGGCUCGAAGGCCGGCAGUGGAGCCAUGAUACCCCUGAAAGAUGACGGCGUGGGCUUCGACAGCCACCGUGACUUCAUGCCCCAUCAUGGCGGCCAUGGCCUGGGCCUGGUCCACGGCCUGGAGUACAACCACCUGACUAGCCUGAAAGAGAAACCCACAGAGUGUCCUGACUGUGGUCGGGUCUUCAGGACCUAUCACCAGAUGGUGGUCCACUCUCGGGUGCACAACAAGGAGCGGCGGCCCAUAGAAGAAGCCAUCCAGCAGCAGAACAACACCACAGGGCUGGAUGAGCGGCGUGGCUCGGCCAGCGACCCAGAGUCCCAGUCCAUCAGCAGGUCCACCACCCCUGGAUCCUCCAACGUGACGGAGGAAAGCGGAGCCGGAGGAGGCCACUCCCAGACCGGCAGUGUCCAGGACGACAGCCCACACCCUUCCUCCCCAUCCUCAGAUGUCGGGGAUGACCUGGGGAAGAUGGCGGGGAGUGUUCAGCAGGCCCCCUCCCAGCACAGGGACAGGAGCCUGGGCUCGGCCAUCAAGGACUGCCCCUACUGUGGGAAGACCUUCCGCACCUCCCACCACCUCAAGGUCCACCUGAGGAUACACACAGGUCAGUGGAGAGAGAAACCCUACAGGUGCCCUCACUGCGACUACGCAGGCACCCAGUCUGCCUCACUGAAGUACCACCUGGAGCGCCACCACCGUGAGCGGCAGAAUGGCGGCGGCCCCUCCUCCGGACACGCCCCUCCCUCUGAGCACAAGGAGGAGCACGGCAAGGGUGGCGUCUUCGCCCGUCCUGAUGUCCUCCGCGGUGUCUUCAAGGGCAUGCCCUCCAGCCUGGACUUCAGAGGGGGCCCGUUGCACCCCCACCAGUGGGCCCCUCCUGGUAUGUUGUCCCCCAGGGAGCGUGAGAGGGACAGAGAGCGAGAGCGUAAUGGCCUGGGACCUGACACUCCCUCUGAAAGCAUGAAGAGCCCAGAGGGCCCCUCCGCCGCAGACGUCCCAGCCAGUUUCAGAGACCUGGGGCGGGCGUACCAGAGUAUGGUGGGAAACGGUGUCAACUUCCAGGGCUCCCUGCAGGCCUUCAUGGACAGCUUCGUCCUCAGCUCCCUGAAGAAGGAGAAGGAGAUGAGAGAGAGCCACCUGCAGUCCCAGCAUUACUUUGAGAGUGGUGAGCCCAAAGCCAAGAGGGCUGAUACUGGUGAGGAGAAGGCUGAGGCCAAGCCCUCAACGGGCAAGCCUGGGUCCCAGUACGAGCCUCUGGACCUGUCUGUCAAUGUCAAGCCUGAAACAGGCUCUCUGCCUGGCUCCUCUGUCACCUUCCAGGACAACGUGACGUGGCAUGGCUGCCUCUUCUGCUCCUUCACCACCUCCUCUGUGGAGCUGAUGGCCCUCCACCUGCAGGCCAACCACCUGGGCAAGGCCAAGCAACGCAAGGAGAGCAAGGAGCACCAGGGAGAGCCCUCCCACUUCCUCAAGGCCAGUAUGGGCACAGCCCACCUCCAUGACAAAGACAACGACAGAGAGGGGGUGAAGAGCCAGUCAGCCUGGUCAAACCACAUGGAGCCCCAUGCCAGCAUGGGAGCCUUCCAGAGCGACUUCUACAAGCAGUAUGGAGGCAUGUACGAUGGGUCCCCAAGGACCCCAGGCCUCCAGGGGUUUGGAGCGACAUGCCCUGACCCAGCCCUGGAGCAGCAGAGCCAGGCCAGAAAAACAGCUGGGGAUGAGCUCUCAGACAAGGCCUCCUGCGGGGAGCUGGAGGAGCAGGGACAGUCUGAGGAUGAGGAAGGCAGGGCCGACGAGCGCUGCCACAGCACCGAGUCCUCCUCCGCCCAACCGGAGAGACAGCGACCCCACUCUGAUGACGAGGAGGAAGAGGAGGAAGAGGAUGCGGUGGAGGGGGAAGAUGAGGACAGUGCCACCUAUCAGAUGCCGAAGCAGAUGCAGGCCGUGUCCCCAGCUAGAGAGGCCCAACGACCAGGGGUCUCCAUGGGCCCUGGGGCCCCUUUCCCUCCCCAGUCCCGGCCUCAGCCACCCCUGGAGAAGCAGUGGCAGCAGGGCUUGGGUCUCCUUUCAUCUCCUGGUGGUCCCCCGGGGCUGCUGAAGCCAGAACAUGCCCAUCUCGAGCAGCAGAUGAACAUGCUGUCCGUCCUGCGGGCCUACAGCUCGGAGAACCUCGCAGCGUUCAACGGCCUUGGAAGUGGCUCAAACAGCGGCGUCGGCAUCAAGAGACCAGACGCACCCGGUCACGGAGGUCAGGGGGGUCAGAAGCCGUUCCAGUGCAGGUACUGCUCCUACGGUGCCUCUCAGAAAGGCAACCUGAAGACCCAUGUCCUGUGUGUCCACCGCAUGCCCUUUGACAACAGCCAGUACCCUGACCGCCGCUUCAAACGCUCCCACGUCGACUCGGACGCCUCAGGGAACUCUGAGGAUGGGACCACCAGCUACCCCACGGGAAUUCAUGGGGUUACGGCCGACCCCCCUCUCUCUGGAGACCCCCUGCAUCCAUGACCGAUGUCACCUGGCAUGGAGGUGCCAGCCUUCAACUCUACAACUACUGUACUCACUGGAGCCACAUAACAGGGACUACUUACUUCGCCUACUCCCAGAGCGCAGCCAGAUAAAGGGGGCCAUCAUUGACUGUACUGUUUUACCCAGAGCUCGCAGGACAUCCUCAGUGUGUACUAGGUCAGUAACAAUAACAUAACAUGCAUAUAAACAACACAUACCAUGGGUUGAGUAUUCUUUAAGAUGGGUCCUGAAGAAAUGCAUCUAUUCAUUCAUAUACAACUAAGUAUAGAUAUGUUAAAUUUAGUUAAGCGACAAAUAGUGGAGACGACUAUAUAAAAAAAGAAAUAAUAAAGGAAAUGUAGAAAAUCUUUCAAAUGACUUUUAUCCCCCCCAAAAUUAUGCUUUUAUCAGAAGAAUGAUCCCAUAAACGAUUUAGCGACAAUUGGGGAAGAUGGAUUGUUGAACACACCCCUCAGAACAUGACACCGGCGGCUGCCUUUUGCAGAGGGCGAAUGAUGAGCAGCCAGUGGAGGCUGGGGCAGGCAGCGGCAGUGGUGGGGGGGGGGGGCCUUGGUGCCAGCCUGACUGGAGCUGUCAUCGCAGAGGAAAUCAAUUCAAUCCCCCCUCUCCCCUUUUUUCAUCUUUCUCGACCCAGCAGUCCAGCCCCAUCCACUCCCAGCCCUCUGCCCCUACUGCACUACAGGAGUAACCUAACCCUGGCCGACAUGUGAGGGGUCAAACUCAGUUCCAUCAGCUGGCCAGAGUCACCCUCCUCCCCCUCCCCUUUCUCUGCCUCUUUAAAACGACUCAAAUCCAACAUGGCCUCUGGAAGAAGAAAACAAAAAUCAAUGAUGUAUUUAAAGGAGCCAUUAGAGGCACAGAGAUGUGUUCUGUGCAAUAUUGUCAUUUAUUUGGAUAUCACCUUACCAGACACUGAGAGGUGGAGUUAAUUGAAUGUGUUUUAUUUCAUUUAGCUUUUAUGUUAGGAGGUGGAUGGUUGUUCUUUGGAAUUGAAAGUGUAGCUAGUGAAGAUGUACAUAGUGGAAUUGGGACCUUUACAACUUGAUGUACUGUAACUUUAGUCAGAGGUUGAAUGUUUCGUUAUAUAUGAAGACCGUGAACGUCACAGGCGUUGUUUCCUCAGACACGAUGCAGGACUAUCUUCCUAUAGGCUCCUCUAAAGCAGCUUCAGAAUGAGCAAUAACACAUAGAGAUAAUCACCCUGCUCCCUGUCUCUAAUUUCAACGUAUUAGUAACAAAAUAGACAAAGGGACAUUUUCUACAAAUGUCUUUUCCAAUUUAUUUCUAGGUUUCGGACGAAGCAUUUUGUGAGUAGUGGGGGGGUAACACAGAAGAUGAUGCUUUUUAUUGUGUUGGUAUGGAGGCAUGGGGGGGGAUUUAAAAAUAUAUAUGUUUCUGAUAAAGAGAAAUGAUCCGGACUUUAAGAAAGUCAAUAUCUUCCCUCACAGCCAAGGAGAGCUGAACACUUAAACCCCAGGGCCUUAACACCACAGCUAUGCCUAAAGGAGUUUACAGUCCGCUCAAAUACACUGCUCCUAUCAGUUGAGAGAGAGAAAUAAGAAAAGAAAGAAAGAAAAGAAAGAAAGAAAGAAAGAAAGAAAGAAAGAAAGAAAGAAAGAAAGAAAGAAAGAAAGAAAGAAAGAAAGAAAGAAAGAAAGAAAGAGAGAGAGAGUAUGGAUAUGUACAGAAUGCAGUUGUGGUUUAAAUGGGGUCAUUUGAAUUAGGACUUUUCUGCCAUUCAGCGAUCUACUUACAGUGUUCUGUUGUUCAUUUGCUUACCUAGCCUAGUUCGCACCGCCUUACUUCAGAUCGAGUCGAUCAAUUUAAUACAACUGUUUCUAUGAUAUCUCCCAUGAAGCCACAACAUUGAGAUAUAACUGAAACGACUGUGGUAAGCUUUAGGUUUAAAUGCACUACUGUGUUCUUGGUGACUGUGCCAGUCGCUUGCUUUUUCGUGUGUGUACGUACGUGUGUGUGUGGGUGUGCCUACCUAACUAUAUAAGAGAAAAUAAUAACAACAAAAAAAAUUGAAAAAAUAAACUCUGAAGAAAAAUCAUUCACAUUCCAUUUCUAGCACUUUUCAGGUUUUCCAGUAUAUCUGUAUGUUUCAAACUAUGCGAUAUGGCAAUGAUGCUUUUCAUGACACUGGAAACAUCAUUGUUUGCCAAUUCUCUGUGACGUGUUCGUCCAUCCCUUACUGUGCUACUGUUUCCCUGCCUGCAUUCCAAAAUAACCCACAUUUUCCCUGAAAAUAUUUUGUUUGUCAUGAUUCAGUUAAGAAACAGACGCAAAUGUACAAUUACAACUUGAUCAUUCCUGCGCUAACAAAGAAGAUAAAUCAUUUAUAUGUACUUCUCUGUGUACUCUGUGUUCAUGGCCCUGAUACUGUCCACAUUCCUUGAUGAAGUAAAUGUCUAUAUUGGAGGUAAAGUAAGUAGAGGAUUUUGUUGCUACUACUAUAUACUUAGACAACUUUGUAUUUAAAUAUAACUAAUGGGCAUUAUUUAUUAUUCUACAUCAGUUUUACAGAAGAUGAAAACAAUUCUGAUAACGGUAAAUCUGUGUUUUCUUUUUUUCCAUGGACUCUUUCUGCUGUCAGGAAGUUGUGAAGUCUCUGAGGCAGUUCGUUUUAUCCAGUGUUUUACGCAAUAAAAACCUCUACCUCUGGAAAUGCUGCCUUU